ACCAGACAUUCAGUCUCGCCUCGGCACUCGAAGAGAUUGUACAUAUUGUUUGUCAAUCGUUCGAAGUAGUAGUCCGCGACUACUUCAUCAUUGAAGUUGACGUUCGUUCUGACGAUAUUGUAUAAUCGAUACUUAUCACAAAAUUCUCUCAUCGGUAAAAAACCAAGAGACAUAAGACGUCCAGAUUGUGAAUUGCGUUGGUCAUUCACUUGGAGAUAUACGGGUCUGAUAUUGUUACGCAAGACUCGGAACAGCAGAUCGAGCAAAGAAGAUUGAAUGGGAAAACAGCACAUUUCAGAGCUGUUAAAGAGGAGAAAAUUUUUACAGCAAAAAAAAUCAUUUUCGUCAUCUCGUACAAAUCUGAAACAGUUAUCCGUGAUCUUUGCUUCCGUGAUAUCGCGCAAAACGCUUUUCUUGUCGGGAACAUUGAUAAAAACACGUGUCAUCCAAACAAAUCGCGAAUUCGCAAGCUACUCCCGUGUAUUUUAUAGGAAUACGCAAGUGAAAGAGAGGUGAAAGAGAGUCCCGUGAUUAUUCAUAUUUGUCCGAAAAUUCUAUAUGAUUGAUAUACCAUUCGAUUGAUCGCCUUUGACUAUGAACUCUGCUGUAAUUACUACUAUGAGAGGAUGAGUUGUUCGGUGAAGAUUUCUUGUGGUAAGAGCUGGAGCGGCUCGCAACGCGGGAUUAACUCUUCGUCGGAGGAGAAUUCGUGUCCUUCGAAUGCCGUGUCCUCCGGUUGCAUCGACCUACAACAGGCCACCCAGUCGAUUGCAACUUCAACGUCAUUAAGCUCGACCACAACUAACACCGCUGCUACUACCGCUAUUGUCAGUGUAGCUCUUAACAACCCGGUGAUUUCUACAACCAACAGCACUGUCACCACCACGAUCCUCACCACCAGCAUCAGCGUUGUUCAAACACCAACCGCUGGUAAUCAGAGGAUUGUUCCACCACGCCCUGUCAAGUCAAUUGCCACCAAGAAAGGGGAAGACACCACGAAGCUGCUCAAGUACAUCGAUGAUAACGUCAUCGGCAAGAACGGCACGUUCUUUGGGCCAUUCGGUCGCAGGAAAGGUAAUUUUUCGCUAAACGUCUUCCAACAGACGCAAAAUAGCGCUUAA